AUGGCCACACAACCUAUUAGCCUGGAUACAUUCUUACAUUUUACAAGGCUAAUAGCUUGUUCAAGGUGGGUGACUGAAGUGAUUAGGAAGUGGACUGAUGUCUUUGCCACUACUGUUCGAGCUGCACGAUAUCAACAGGAAUUAAGGCAAGAUUUACAGAUUGACAACAACCGCAAAAGAAGCAAAGAGGUACCUGUUCCAGGCAAGAGCGGCAGGAAGACUUCGGCCACCAGUUCACCUUCCGAAAGGUUCGCACCCUCGAAGGAAAGCCAGAAAGACUUCAAGCAGAUAUUUAGGAGCAAAUGGCACAAGGCUGUUCCACACCCGAAGAGUACAAGAACCAUGAUGCCGUUGACGACAUUCGCAAACUACGCAGAGACGGAGAAAGUUGCACUCACUGGGUGGCCUUCGAACAAGGUCGACACUCCCUUGGGCCCGAAUUUUAUAUCAAACAGGCUAUCUCAGAAACAAUGGGCAUUGCUCGCCAAUUUGUUGGACUUGGGGAAGAUGAAGAUCACUCCUUGGGAUCAAAAAUUGCUUCAAAUAUCAGAGAAUAGUGCCCAGUAUGGCGAAAUCCCCCUUGUCUCCAGUUUCAAUGGCAAGGCCAUGGUUUUUGUGAAGGACUUGCAACAGUGGAUCAACCAAUUCUGCAAGAUUCAAGGGGAUGGGAGGAGAACAGCAGGGAAAAGGCCACAUGUUGAGGAAGAGGGAGAAAAAGAUACUGAUGAUCUUCAAGGUCCAUCGUCCUGCCCGUCUUCCCUGCCUUUGAAAAAGAGGAAGGUCAGCUUUGUUACUCUUCCUAAGGCCAGCUUCUACAACAACCAUCGUGGCACUCUGAAAUCCUACAAGGUCGAUCCUCGAUUCCACAACUCCACAUCCAGCUCUUCAACUUUGAAACCAACUCCUCAGGUCACUAAGGAUACUGAAGCAUUUUUCCGUGCCACUAAGGGUGCCUCCACCUCCUCAUCUGCAAAGCGUGCUUGA